GCUGCAGAGACAAGUGAAGUGAAAUCAUUCUGACAUCAUCUGUUAAAAUUCUUGCUAUUUAUUUAUUUAUAUUUAUUUAUUUGUUGUCUUCUCCAUUGCAGCCAGGAGGAAACAAGCUACUGCUAACUAUACAUACAUAUUCAUGUAUGUAUAUAUGUUAUAUGUGAUGAAAUAGUCGAUCGCGGCGCCACGAAUUCUUGCCAUGGCAAAAGUAUUGCAAAGAGUUUCUUCUUCGCGGCAUCGUGUAGGUUGUUCAUGGAGUUUGUUCGAUUUCCGCCAUGAUCGAUCCACAAGAGGUCGUCUUACACAACAAGCUGCUUCUGGGACUACAAGUUCGAGUAGAAGCUCGGUUUCAUCUGAAAUUUGUGUCGACGACGGCGAAGAUGACAAUGAGAUGCCGGUAGCAGCAGCAGCCGAUCUUAUCAUCUUGCCCGAAGAUUGUUCUAACGUUGGUUCGGAGAAUAUCGACAAUAGAAUCAACCAAGCCAUCGAUUCUUGUCCUGCAUUUGAUUCCUCCGAAGAAAAUAUCAAGACUUCGAACAAGGACUGUCUAUCUUCGACAAAAAUUGUCGUCUUAAAGCGCCGGAAGGAGCGAAACAAGAGAAGCGUAGCAAAAUCUUCUUUUUACGCGAUCAAGAAAAAGAUUAGUCGAGCGAUGAAAACGCCGAAGUUCUGCGCUGAGGAAAAAUAUAGCGAUCCCGUAAAAGUUGCCAAGGAAUUUAACAUUUACGUCGAGGCUAAGAGACAUCUCUCCGAGAUGCUGAACGAUGUCGACGAAAAGAGCGAGUCGAUGAUCAUUCAGACGUCGAUCUCGCUCGGGAGAAUUCUUUCGUUACCCGAGUAUAUUAUUUCCCCGGGAGUCGAGAAUCACGCAAUCGGGAAUUCCCGAGACAGCGGCGAGCAUUUGAUCCCGAGCAAACUGGAUAAUGAAGUAGAGUGUCUCCGAGGUACAUUGCGUCAAUCUCUUGUCGCAACAGAUCCGAAGAGUUCGACGGCUCUGGAGAUCGAAGAAGAAAAUGAAAUUACGCCCGAGGAUAAGGAAAACGAAAACGAAAACACGGCAGCUGGAGAGUCGCUUUCGGAUUCUUCACGGAUCGCAUCCUCCACACUCGCGCCGGCGAGAAAAAUUGGAGAUUCGGAGUAUGCAAUCGACGGAUCAGAUCGAUUGAGUCCGGUAUCUGUACUCGAACCACUCUUCGAAGAAGAUGAUCAAGGAACUUGCGCGACAGUUUACUCCAACGACGACAAGCAAGAAUCGUCAUUUAACUACAUCAAAUCCGUGAUUCUAUCCUCGGGCUUCAAUCGGAACGACUUCCUUCUAAGAUGGGUUUCUUUCUGCGACAUUCUUGACCCGGCAUUACUCGACGAAGUCGAGCUGCUUUCUCCUCAUCUACCCCAACAUGGUCGAAAACUUCUCUUCGACUUAAUUCACGAAGCAUUACAGGAUCUCUGUGAGGAGUAUUUCAGAUCCUUCUGGGCUCCGGCUCGCCUCGACGGGGAUGAUCUUAUUCAUGAGGUAUGGGGACGGGUCAAAUCCCGUCUUUUCCAGUCCCCCCAGUCCCCGAAGCUCGACUCUCCUGAUCACCUAAUGAUGAACGACGACUACUCCGGGGAGUCGAUGAACGUCAAGGCUGAGCUUGAGCUUGUGUGUUUGGAAAUGGAGGAAGCUGUUCUCGAUGAACUAGUUCAAGACUCGCUGUUCGACUACACAGAAGAAGGUAAGCUUUAAAUCGGCUACAAAAAUCUAUCUGGGAUAACAUCACUUGCUUCGAUCAUGCGAAAAAUCUUGCAUCCUCAAAUAUUUCCGAAACCUCGUACUCAUUCAUAUGUGCAUUCUAACAAAAAAAAACUAGUCGUAUAAUCUUAAACCGAAACAAGAACAACA